UGCCGCGUGGCGGGCGCGGCUCCGCGGCUCCCGGGCGACCCGAGCGGUCGGUGGUUGCCCCUGCAGGGCCGGUGGCCGCCGGGAGGGCUGUGGGCGGCGCCUCCGACAACAUGAGCGUGGGUUUCAUCGGAGCUGGCCAGCUGGCCUUUGCCUUGGCCAGGGGCUUCACAGCAGCAGGCAUCCUGGCUGCCCACAAGAUCAUGGCCAGUUCCCCAGACAUGGACCUGGCCACGGUUUCUGCCCUCAGGAAGAUGGGAGUGAACCUGACUCCCCACAACAAGGAGACUGUGCGGCACAGUGACGUGCUCUUCCUGGCCGUGAAGCCACAUAUCAUCCCUUUUAUCCUGGACGAGAUCGGUGCCGACAUGGAGGGUCGGCACAUCGUGGUGUCCUGCGCUGCUGGGGUCACCAUCAGCUCCAUCGAGAAGAGGCUGAUGGCAUUCCAGCCGGCCCCCAAAGUUAUCCGCUGCAUGACCAAUACCCCGGUUGUGGUGCGGGAGGGGGCCACUGUGUACGCCACGGGCACCCACGCCCAGGUGGAGGAUGGCCGGCUCCUGGAGCAGCUGAUGGGUAGCGUGGGCUUCUGCACGGAGGUGGAGGAGGACCUGAUCGAUGCCGUCACCGGGCUCAGCGGCAGCGGCCCAGCCUACGCAUUCACAGCCCUGGAGGCCCUGGCAGAUGGGGGUGUGAAGAUGGGGCUGCCCAGGCGCCUGGCAGUCCGCCUUGGAGCCCAGGCUCUGCUGGGGGCCUCCAGGAUGCUGCUGGACUCCGAACAGCACCCAGGCCAGCUGAGGGACAAUGUCUGCUCUCCCGGCGGGGCCACCAUCCACGCCUUGCACGUCCUGGAGAGCGGGGGCUUCCGCUCCCUCCUCAUCAACGCUGUGGAGGCUUCCUGCAUCCGCACACGGGAGCUGCAGUCCGUGGCCGACCAGGAGAAGGUCUCGCCAGCCUCCAUCAAAAAGACCGUCCUGGACAAGGUGAAGCUGGAGUCGUGUGUGGGGCGCUCCCAGAGCCCUUCCGGCCACUCCACGCCGUUCCCCCGAAGCCUGGCCCCAGCGGGCAAGGAGAGCUGAGGUGGCCAGCACGCUCGCCAGGCUGCUCUCCGCCGCCUCCUCCCUGCUGGGCUUGGCACCCCUGCGCUGGCUGUCCUUAGCCCCAGGCCACACAGGGUGUCCCCACAGCAGCCCACUGCCUGCCACUCCGGUCAGCUCAGGUCAGCAGGGGUUGUAACCAGGGAGGGGCUGCGUCGCUUCCCAGCGGGAAGUUGUGUGGUCACUAAGUGCUUCCUGGCCCGGAACAGAUGGAUUCUCCGACCUCAAUGUCCCCCUUCCUCCUCCCCCAGACCGGGUCAGGACCUCUUCUGGAGUUCAGGAGGCCUGGGGGCCUUAAAUGGUCAGCCGACUUGGGGCUAGGCCCCUUCCUGAGUACAAAGGUCAAGGUUCCCCCCUGCACCCCCACUCCCACAGAGGCCCAGCCGAGGAGGGAACCCCAUCCCAGCCCUGCCCCUUCUCCAAUCUCUACUUGGGGCGAUGCAUCCUCAUUGUGAGAAGGACCAGAGGGUCCCAAGUGUCCUGAGUCCAGCAGCCAGGACCACAGCUGCAAGUCCCCUGAAUCGCCGUUCGGCGUUUGAGAAAAGGGCUCCUUGGAUAGUCCCGGAUUCUGAGAUCUGUGCGUCCCGUUCCCUGCCGAGCUUACAGAGUCUGUCCCUUCUCAACCUUUUGGGUGAAAUACAUUGCUUUCCAACCCGG